AUGUUUGAAAUUUAUGAACAGCUCUUACCAAGAAGACUGUACGCCAUCCACAAAACCCAAGCGAGUCCUACUAGUGAUCCUACCUGCAGGCUAUGCAGUACAGCACCGGAGAGCAUGGCUCAUGUAGUCUCUGCUUGUACUACUUUGGCCCAAACAAAGUACCUGGCAAGGCACGACGCAGUUCUGAAGGUCCUGUUCUUUGACAUCAUAGAAGACCUGGGACUUAUUGAAGCGUCGCCACCAUGGUAUUCACCAACUAAGCCACAGCCGGUAUAUGAGGAAGCACACGCACAGGCAUACUGGGACGUCCCAGGCUAUGGAGAGUACCAAGAUCUUAGGGCCAACAGAAUUGAUGCGAGUAAACCACCAGGAGAAGAAGGUUAUAGGGAUGGAGAUGAGCUGCCCCUGGGUGAGCAAUCGUCAAAAGAAAACAUCAGAAAAGACGAUGAAAUACGCCCCACUCAGAUGGGAGCUGAAGCAGAAGUACCCUGGGUACGAGAUUUCACAGUAUAA